AUGUCAUCCAUCUUUUUGAAUGCUCUACCACUUAAGGGUGAGUGCAGCUUCGUGCCACCAUCACCCCGUGUUACGAUGGUCGGAAUACCUAGAACUCCUGCAGAAGUGGACGAAGCCUUGCAUUCCAGAGGACCUAUUUUUGGGUUCAGUAACUCCUACGCAUGCAUACAGGAUGUUGUCAGCUUCAAGGCCAACGACUCAGCACUGGGCAUUAGCCGAAUGCUCACAGGAAAUGUAUCGGGCCCCUGCACAUCAGCCCUAUAUUACCUGGUAGGGCUCCCCGAGACAAAUUUAUACCUGCUGGUGAUGGAAAACUGGAGAGAUCGAGAAGCAGAGAAUUCUUUUUACCCGUUCAAUUGCCAGAUUACUCGACGCACAGUAGCAAGUGGCGCCUACCGGAUCAUCAAUGGCACAUGUGCACACCAGGAUGACUCGGAGGGCACGCUGGCUGAAGAGAAAAAGUGCCCGCCGUUGCUAAACGUCUCACUCACAUGCGCUUACAACGCAGCAACUGCGAGAGAAUACUGGGUUUGGAACUGGGUCUGGCACCAUACUAUAGAGAAUUCCAGUCUCUUUUGCCUGGCACUGUUGAUCGCAUUGACAAUGCACGCGUUUAUAGUAAAUUGUAGAAAUAUAGACUGA